GGCAGCCGCUGACUUCAACCUGACUUCAACCCACCGACCAGCUCGCAAAUACAGCUUUUGACACUCCCCAUUUACCAACACUGACACGUUAUUGUGGAUCCAUUCCCAUCUCAACCUGGACUCAAAAAGACCGCUUGUUUUUGACCUCGUGUUUAGCCUUCUACCCUGUUUCGCUGAGUUACUAUCGGUAUAAAACUCAGGAAUUGCGGCGGGGUCCAAUUUCGGCGUCUUGCCAACAACUAUCACAUCAUAUCAAGUUGUCGCGCAGUCGUCCUCAUCGCUGUGAUAUCUUGUUUAUGACCCUCGAGUAUACUGAGAAUAUGCUGCAUGAUGAAGACGAUGCCUCUGACGCGUCCUCUGACGUGACAGAACUCGAAGAAUACGACUUUCCGGACCACUUUUUCGAAAGGGACGGAAGGCUCUUCCAUUCUCAUGGUAGCUUGCCAUAUCCAUUGCCUGUCGACGGGCCGGAGCAAGCAAGGUUGAAUAGUCUUCAUAGAAUCUUGCGCGAUACCGUCGAAUACCACUACCUUGGCCCAGUGACCGAGGUACUCAGCGACGGUCGCUCCAGGCAAAAACGUGUGCUCGAUUUGUGCACUGGCACAGGCCGUUGGCCGAUGGAUAUGGCCAGAUUAUUUCCCCUUGUCAAGAUCUACGGGCUUGAUAUCGUUCCGAUUGCCACUAGGCGUCCCUUGCGACAUGUGCAAUUCGAGAUCCAUGAUAUCACCGAACGUUUCAGAUGGAACAAUGGAGCUAUGGACUUUAUUCAUGCUCGUAAUAUCGAUCUAGCUGUUACGGAUUACCCAGAACUGCUCCGGGAAGUUGCUCGGUUGCUCCGUCCCGGCGGUCUAUUCUUUUCCGGCGAGAUUGGGCGCUCCAUCGACUUUGCCCAUGGGUCUUCCUUCAACCUUGCUCGCCAAGCACCUCAUGCGCGAAGCUUCUUUCAGGUGGUUAACCGCUCCCUGGAGCUUCGCCACUUGGUUCCCAUUGCCGACAGGAUCCCUGGUUUCAUCCAGCAAUCUCAUCAGUUCACUGUGCCUACUAUCCAGACGUUCCAUAUCCCCGUCGGUGACUGGCACCAUAAUCUGGUAAUGAAGCGUGUUGGCAGGAUGUACUUAGCUGCCCUGAAGGAUUUCGCGGAGAGCCUCAAGCCCAUGCUCCGUGAGACAGGGAUGACCCAGCAGGAGAUCAACUCCCUUGUCACUGGGUUUAUUGAAGACAUAGAGCACGUUCCCGGCUUGGUUGGGGUUUACCACACUGCGUGGGCGAGGAAGUUGUAAAGGAUCUUUGAUGUUUGUUCUCUAAAUGCUGUCUCGUGCUUUUUUGUGAAAUGCUGUCUUGUGCUUUCUGGUGACUGUUUUCUUGUUUGCUUUCCUGUUUGUUGUGUACUUUUGCUGUCAGGCGUGCUCGUGUUUUCCUACCUACCUGUUUUCGGUUGCUUUCGUAGGUUGUAAUGCAAUGUGAUGUGUUUGUGAUUCCUAA